UCAAGGUGUUGAACUGAAAGCUACAAACGAUGACCUAGUCCUGUGCGAAUGAGUGUGAUAGAAAGCCGAACAGGAGAUCAAUUUACUCCAGAAUGGCUCCAGUUAUUCAUUUUUUGACAGUGUUGAUAGCAUUUUUCGGAACAGGUACUGCUGUAGAUCCAAUCAUUGACAUCUCUGAGCCAGCUGUUGUUGCUGGGGUGACCGAGAUCCAAGCAUGGAAGGGCCGGGAUGUGGACCUGGUCUGUGUAGUGCAGAACAAACCAGCAGACACCAAUGUGAUGUGGCUGCAGAAGUCUGGAGAGCAGACACCUGUAAAAGUCCUAACAACUGACACUACAUCUCAGGAGCCGCAGAAGUACUCAGUGUUCAAGCCUACUUCAAUAUCAUGGCGUCUGAGGAUACAGAAUAUUGAAGAAGGUGAUGAAGGGCUGUAUCUAUGCCGUGUGGAAACCCAACCCAAAACGUACAUUUCCAAGUCCAGAUACGUCAGAGUUGUAGAGAUCCCACAGAUCGACAGUCUUCAGACAAGCAGUGACAAGGCAGUGGAAGAAGGGGCGGAACUCUCCCUAGAUUGUAAUGCCUCAGGUCGACCGGCACCAGCCAUUGUCUGGACCAGAUUGGCCAAUGCCGACCUGCCUGGUGGGGGGAAGGAACUACGUAGCACACAUCUGUACUACCCAACAGCUCGUGCAGAACACAGGGGCAAAUACCUCUGUCGAGCAGAGAACGUGGCUGGAGAAGAUGUCCGAGUUAUCAACGUGAAGAUCAGUUUUCACCCUCGUGUGACAGCAGAUGAAAAGAUCGUGGGUCAGAUGGUGGGAUACAGAAAGGAGUUGUUGUGUGACGUUACGGCUUACCCGGAACCCAAAGAGGAAGGUGUUGGGUGGACUGGUCCAGCUUACAAGCCUGAUGACCCAAAUUUUGAGGUGACCUUCUCCAAAGGGGCAAAUAAUCGUGUGACAACAAAGCUUGUCAUUCGUAGAGUCCGACGAGAAGACUAUGGCAAGUACAUUUGUUCGGGGUCCAACAGCAAGGGUAAUGGUGAAUUUACCAUCACUCUGGAAGCCACAAACUAUCCCACGCCUGAUAGGACUGGACAGAUUUCUGGAGUUUCAAGUGCCGUGUCCUGUAGUCUGCUCAGCUUUGUCAUGAUCUUCACAGUAUUCCUUCUCCACAGGCCCUGACCAGCCACACCCUGUCCUCACCCAUUAGCCUUACCCUAGCAGUAAAAUAUGGCCUUGACCAGCCACAUCCUGUCCUCACCCAUUAGCCUUACCCUAGCAGUAAAAUAUGACCCUGACCAGCCACACCCUGUCCUCACCCAUACCCUGUCCUCACUCAUUAGCCUUACCCUAGCAGUAAAAUAUGGCCCUGACCAGCCACACCCUGUCCUCACCCAUUAGCCUUACCCUAGCAGUAAAAUAUGGCCCUGACCAGCCACACCAUGUCCUCACCCAUUAGCCUUACCCUAGCAGUAAAAUAUGGCCCUGACCAGCCACAUCCGGUCCUCACCCAUUAGCCUUACCCUAGCAGUAAAAUAUGGCCCUGACCAGCCACACCCUGUCCUCACUCAUUAGCCUUACCCUAGCAGUCAAAUAUGGCCCUGACCAGCGACAUCCUGUCCUCACUCAUUAGCCUUACCCUAGCAGUAAAAUAUGGCCCUGACCAGCCACACCCUGUCCUCACCCAUUAGCCUUACCCUAGCAGUAAAAUAUGGCCCUGACCAGCCACAUCCUGUCCUCACCCAUUAGCCUUACCCUAGCAGUAAAAUAUGGCCCUGACCAGCCACAUCCUGUCCUCACCCAUUAGCCUUACCCUAGCAGUAAAAUAUGGCCCUGACCAGCCACACCCUGUCCUCACCCAUACCCUGUCCUCACUCAUUAGCCUUACCCUAGCAGUAAAAUAUGGCCCUGACCAGCCACACCCUGUCCUCACUCAUUAGCCUUACCCUAGCAGUCAAAUAUGGCCCUGACCAGCCACAUCCUGUCCUCACCCAUUAGCCUUACCCUGGCAGUAAAAUAUGGCCCUGACCAGCCACACCCUGUCCUCACUCAUUAGCCUUACCCUGGCAGUAAAAUAUGGCCCUGACCAGCCACAUCCUGUCUUCACCCAUUAGCCUUACCCUAGCAGUAAAAUAUGGCCCUGACCAGCCACAUCCUGUCCUCACUCAUUAGCCUUACCCUAGCAGUAAAAUAUGGCCCUGACCAGCCACAUCCUGUCCUCACUCAUUAGCCUUACCGUAGCAGUAAAAUAUGGCCCUGACCAGCCACAUCCUGUCCUCACUCAUUAGCCUUACCCUAGCAGUCAAAUAUUGCCCUGACCAGCCACACCCUCUCCUCGCCCUCCUCUCCUUACCCUAGCAGUCAAAUAUGGCCCUGACCAGCCAUGCCCUGUCUUGACCCACUAGCCUUACCCUAGCAGUAAAAUAUGGCCCUGAACAGCCACAUCCUGUCCUCACCCAUUAGCCUUACCCUAGCAGUAAAAUAUGGCCCUGACCAGCCACAUCCUGUCCUCACCCAUUAGCCAUACCCUAGCAGUCAAAUAUGGCCCUGACCAGCCACAUCCUCUCCUCACCCAUUAGCCUUACCCUGGCAGUAAAAUAUGACCCUGACCAGCCACAUCGUGUCCUCACCCAUUAGCCUUACCCUAGCAAUCAAAUAUUGCCCUGACCAGCUACGUCCCUGUCCUCACUCAGUAACAUUACCCUCACCUGGCAUGUGCACCAUUCUGCUCCUUACAUCUGUAUAUAGACCUUCCGCCAAUGUAUGGUACACCUACAUGUACAGUUAUCUGUACACAUUAUGUCAUUCACAGCAAAGUUCUACUCUGCGUCAAAUGAGGAAACUCACAAAAUUUUAAAUAUGGAAAAUAUUUUUUAUUGCAGAGAUAUUUUAGCAACAUUCACUUUACACUGUAGGUAUUUGUUCGUUACUGCAUGUAGAUUGGCUGUUUACUGUAAUAAAAGCUAAUGUUUAGGUCAGUGUCUAAGUUAGCACCUUACAGUGUAGAGGUGAAUCCCUCAUGGCUAUUGAGAAUGGGCUUGUAUGUAUCUCUUGAUUAUAAAGGAAGUUGAGGAAAAUGGUAGUGUCUAUGUCAUACAUGUUUAUAUCCAAUGUUUAUGUGAGAAUAACAAAGAAUGUUUUAAUUUCACAAUUGUACAAAGUUUUAUUAAAAGUAUUUAGUACACCAUUCUAGUAAUGGUGGCAUGGAAGUACGACAGGUAGGUUGCUUGUGCCAGUUGAGAAGAGCGAAGAGCAUCUUUCGCUCUUUACUAGCAGGAGGAUAACAUGCUUCCUCCUACCAUAGAGCGGCUAUUUCAGUACUUCCGCUGUUAUCAACAAAAAAGGCAAUCCCUUUAUUUAAACUAGGUGUUAGUUUUGCUGAUUAAUCGGGUUUUACUUUAAACCACUGACUAGAGCGGUGAUCUGUGUAUAUACAUGUAGUUACAUAUAGAUACAUAUCUUAAUAGAUGUACAUGUUUUUCACAUUUUUUUUUCAUAGGUAGAUUACACAGCACACAUAUUUUCCUUACUGUUACUGUCUGAGCAAGAUCAGAGGUAGCCCCUGUAUGUUAUAUUUGUCCGGUCGUUUUUAUGGAUAGUCUCUGUACAGGAGCAUUAUGACUAUGGAUAUUCCUGGUAGGAGAGUCUUGCUGUGUAUUUAUCAUUCAUUGUACUCAUUCAUUCAAUGCUUUUUAUUGAUAAUUCCUAGAUGCAUCAUCAUUCGUCAAUAAUUCUUUUCCAGAAAAGCAUGCAGGUAAUCUACACCCAAUUUUUAUACAGUUUGAAACCUUAGGAUGUGAAAUGUGAUACAUCGUGAAAAUUGUUGCCAUGGUUUAGGUGUUGGGACAAAUAUUGCAGGCUAUCAUUGGCACAUUUGCACACGAGGAAGAAUGUCAGAAUAUUGCCAAAGAUCUUGUCCUUUACCUUGGGCACUCCAUCACACACACACCUGAUUAACGUUUUAAUGUAAAAAACGUGAGUACGAUGUUAAAUAACAAUGAAAUAAACUUGUUUUCUCAGUUUUUAUUAGCUUAAAUGGUAGUUCUUAUAUUACGUUCUGUAUUUAAAACACUGGUUUAUUGUCAGUGUUGAACAUCCCUCUUCAGUCUUGUGUCAACUUUAGCAACUUUUUUUUUUUUUGUUGUCAUCGUCUUUGUAAUGAUUAUUAAUUUGUAAGUGAUUUAAUAAAUACAAGUUUACAUAUCAAUAAAAUGCCAUGUAAUUUUCUACGCCUAUAUUUUGUACAAAAUAAAAGUUGUACAGAUAUAUAUUAAA